CCAGCACCAUGAGCGAAUAUUCUGACGACGCCGCACGCUGGGCCGGGGAGCAGGUUGGUGAUGCUCGUCGUGACUGGGACCAGGGCGAACAAGACAUCCGACGAGACGAGCAGGAGGUGCGGCAAGGUUGGGACCGCGAAGAGCAGAAUGCCAGGCAGGAUUGGAACCAGGACAAGCAGGACGUCAGGCAAGAUUGGGACCGAGACGUCCAAGAUGUGCGCGAUGCACCUGACGAUGCCGCAAGAUGGGCCGGCGAUAAGGUCGGAGAUGCUGAACGCGGCGUCAGCGAGGUCGGAGAUGCUAUCGGCGCAGGCAUAGGUGGUGUCGUGGGCUGGGUUGCGGACAAAGUCAAGGAUGUUGAGAACUUCGACCGCGGCAUCGAGAACUCGUACGACCAGGGUGAACAGGAGGGCUAUCGGGGAAACUGAGAUUCGGAAGCUCAAUGUUGAAUCCCACCGAAUGCAUCAUGUUUCUUGACUUACAUAUUCGUCUGAUCCGCUUGCAGACUAUCU